CAGUCACCCCAACUCCAAAUAAGCCUGUGAGAGCCGAUGCUGGUUUGCUCGGCAAACAGCUGGAAGGCCAAGCUGCGACCCCAUGGUUGCUGUCCAGACUUCCACAGGAGUUGCCAGGUACCUGGCCAAGCUGUCCUCGGUGGGAAGCAUCUCGGAGGAGGAGACGUGCGAGAAGCUCAAGGGCCUGAUCCAGAGGCAGGUGCAGAUGUGCAAGCGGAACCUGGAGGUGAUGGACUCAGUGCGCCGCGGCGCCCAGCUGGCCAUCGAGGAGUGCCAGUACCAGUUCCGGAACCGGCGCUGGAACUGUUCCACACUCGACUCCCUGCCUGUCUUCGGCAAAGUGGUGACGCAAGGGACUCGGGAGGCGGCCUUCGUGUACGCCAUCUCUUCAGCAGGUGUGGCCUUUGCGGUGACACGAGCAUGCAGCAGUGGGGAGCUAGAAAAGUGUGGCUGUGACCGGACAGUACACGGGGUCAGCCCACAGGGCUUCCAGUGGUCAGGAUGCUCGGACAAUAUCGCCUACGGAGUGGCCUUCUCACAGUCAUUCGUGGACGUGCGGGAGAGAAGCAAGGGGGCCUCGUCCAGCCGGGCUCUCAUGAACCUCCACAACAACGAGGCCGGCAGGAAGGCCAUCCUGACACACAUGCGGGUGGAAUGCAAGUGCCACGGGGUGUCAGGCUCCUGCGAGGUAAAGACAUGCUGGCGAGCGGUGCCACCCUUCCGUCAGGUGGGCCACGCACUGAAGGAGAAGUUUGACGGCGCCACCGAGGUGGAGCCACGCCGUGUGGGCUCCUCCAGGGCGCUGGUGCCACGCAACGCGCAGUUCAAGCCACACACAGACGAGGACCUGGUGUACUUGGAGCCCAGCCCAGACUUCUGCGAGCAGGACAUACGCAGCGGCGUGCUGGGCACAAGGGGCCGCACGUGCAACAAGACGUCCAAGGCCAUCGACGGCUGCGAGCUGCUGUGCUGUGGCCGUGGCUUCCACACAGCACAGGUGGAGCUGGCUGAGCGCUGCAGCUGCAAAUUCCACUGGUGCUGCUUCGUCAAGUGCCGGCAGUGCCAGCGGCUGGUGGAGCUGCACACGUGCCGGUGACUGCCGCCCCGCCUGCGCCCAGCAACCACCCAGUGGCCCGGGGAAGGCCGAUAAUUUAAACAGUCCCCCACCACCUACCCCAAAAGAUACUGGUUAUAUUUUUUGUUUUGGUUUGGUUUUUGGGUCCUCAUGUUAUUUAUUACUGAAACCAGGCAGGUGACCCCAAGGGCACCAACUAGGGUCUCGCUGACGCCUGGGCCUUCGUGGCUGCCACUGACCAAAGGGACUGUGCUCAUGCUUCUGGCUGUCCACAUGUGGCUGCUGCUGACCACUCCGUUGUUAUCUGUAUCCGUUUUUCUACUUGGAGACUUCAAGUGGGUAACAGGAGUGUUACAGCACCCUGCCUACUGACCCUGCCAGCUAGAGAAGGGGGGGACCGCUGCCAUUUUGAUGGGAGCUGCACCCACACACACACGAACCCCGGCAGCUUCAGCCCGGUAGCCUUGUCUUCUCAAGCCCCCCUGGAAAGGGAACGGGCAGGUGCCAGGUCAAGGGCAAAGGGGGAAUUUCAGCCCUCCAUGAGCAGCUGGAGGUUCAAUUUCUGUGGGACCUUCCGGGCAGGAAGAGCAGGUGAGAUGAAGGCAAGAGAAGGCUAGAGUUCCAGCCCAGAGCCCAGCCUGCCCGGCCGCCCCCUCAUAGAGGGAAAGCCCCCGCUCCCUGGUCCCUCCCGGCCAGGACUACAGGCUAUCAUCCUGGUUCAGAGGGCGCAGCUGGGCCUUUGCCGUGACGCCCCCGUGUGAGUCUCCCCACCGUGCUGCUCCUCCGUGAAACGAAGAAUGGAAAUCACUCGCACACACACUGAGGAAAGGGCUGAGUGAAAAAGCCCUCUCCCAACCGUUACUUCACUCAACCAAAUUUACUGAGCAAAUACUACGUUUUAGGCCCUGUCUGGGGCCAUCUCACUGGGUGAUGGACAAGACAGGGAUGCUUUUGUGCCCAUUUUACAGCAGAGGGGGCCAUGCCAGCCAGGUCGCAGAGCAAGCUAGAUACAGAGGCCCAAGCAGAGCCCUCCAGCCAAGGCUCCUGUACCCAAAGGCCCAGAAACUGCAGGUCUCCUUGAGCCUGAGUCUGGGAAGGGGGCUCUGGCUCGAGGCAGAGGGGCCGUGAGGCAGCUGGAGGCACAGGCGGCAGGCUGAGCUGGAGCCCAUGUGGUUCCUGAGGGCAGAGCAGGCUCUGAGGGCAAGGUGGACAGCUGGAGGCACCCUGGCCCCUGGGUACCAUGGGUACUGGCGUUGGCACCACCAUGGAGGGCCUGGCCCUGCCUACCAGCCAAGCUGUCAGGAGUCCAGCCGGAACGUCUGUGAGCAAGACAAGCACACAGCAAGACCUGGCCUGACCCAACUGCCUCUAGGGUGGGCUCCCAACCCCUGGAGGAACUUGCUGUCAGCCCAGUCUCCAGGCUGCUCCGCACUGGGGCUCUAGGCUCCAAGUUUGAGGUCUUGAGCUCUGGGAUCCCCACUGGAGGUUCUCAGACCCCAAGCUCUUGGCUCCAGGGCUCAGUGUCUGAAUUCAAAAUCCCAGAUUCAGAAUGCAGGCGCCGGCCUGGAGAAGCUCCCCUCCACGCCCUGUGGUGCCUCCUGGUGUCGGCUCCCUCAGGAAGAGAAGGUCAACACCCUUGGCCUCCAGCCAAGCUCUCUGCUCAAUGUCCACCCAAGGAGGCCAAAACCAAGUGAGAUGCUGGAGCCACAUUCAAAUGUGGGGAUAAUCUUGGGGCAGGCAGGCUCUGAUGUGGAUGAAAGCUGAGCCGACUAAGUGUCCCCGCAGCUGCCCAGCUGGGCUCACUGCUCCUCUGGCGGGCUCUGUUCAGCUGUCUGCUCAGAGCCAGCGGAAGUACUAUCCCUCACUGGCACGGCUAGACCCAGACAAAGGAAGCAGUGGACACCCCUCUCCCUCCAGAGACAGGGCUGAGCCACUCUCUCCCACCUUCAAGUCCUGUCCCCAGAGCCAGGGGAAUAGUAGAUCCAGGCUGAAGGGUGGUUUUAAGGACACUGCCCUCAGGAAGAGGUGAGAGGGUCUUGUGCUCAUUCGUGGGCUUCACCUUUCCGCCUGCCGGGGGGCACCUCAAAGCCGAUCCUCCUGGGUUCUCAAGGGUAUAACCUCGGUGAAGCAGACUAGGCUCUCGGCACCUCUGCCCAGCCCUACCACCACCGCCCCCAGCACAAAGGCAAAAGGGACCCACAGCCGCGGGAAAAUGGGGCUUCCUUGUACACAUCCUUCUCCAAACUGUCCCUAAGAAAGAGGAAGAACCAGUCCAGGCCCGACUUAGCCCACCCACUCUGGAAGCGGGCCGGGGGUCCAAGUCCUGCCCCAAACCGUCUCCCACUAGGCUCGCCCCAGGCAAAGGUGACAUCUGUCCUCCGAGGCCUUGGGCUGGAGAAGCCCCAGCUCUGGAUGCUGCUGCCCCCUCUGCUGCCUCACCCCAUCCUCCAGUUUUUAUACUAGGCUCCUUGCCAUUGUGACAUCCCCACGAAAUAGUCUGAUGCACAAUAAAAUGAU